AAAUUCAUAAUUCGAGUGUUGAUAUAUCUGUUUCAGUUUUAGGUUUCAAAUUUCAAGCAUUUUGUCCUUUCCUUUGGGAUUUUUACCUUCAUCUUCGCCCCACACAGGACUUUCUGCUUCAAUUGCAGCUUUUAGGGUUUUCAACCUCAGCAAGUAGAGAAGAAAAUGACAAGCCAGAAUUACAUGGAAGAGAUUGACUGUGGGAGCUUCUUUGAUCACAUUGACGACUUGAUCGAAUUCCCUCCCGUCACCGAUACCUCUCUCAAUUCCGUAGACUGUAAUGAGUUCACCGACAUUUGGAUCAACAAUUCUGAUGACUUGCAGGUGACUGACCCCAUCUUCUGCGGCAGCAAUAGCGGACCUGCCUCCUCUCUGUCGGCAGAGCUCGCCGUCCCGUAUGAGGAUAUUGUCCAGCUCGAAUGGCUUUCAAACUUUGUGGAAGACUCGUUUUCUGGUGGGGGAAUGACCAUUAACAAAGAGAAUGUUUCGGUCCAAAAGGAGACAGAGACGGUGGUUGCGCACCGCCAGUUCCAGACCUCCAGUCCUGUGUCGGUCCUUGAGAGCAGUAGCAGCAGCUCCAGCUCGUCGUGGUCAGGAGGAAGUGGUGGCAUGAUGGUCCCACUCAGCCCAAUUCAACGUGGGCCUCAACGGGCCCGAAGCAAGCGUCCUCGCCCUGCAACCUUCAACCCUCGUGCCAUGAUUGAACUCCUGUCUCCUCUGGUUAUGAUGCCUGUUUCUGUUUCUCCCGAACCUGAAAGAAACUUUGCAUCUCGUUGUGGGCCAAAAUCCGUUGGGUGUGAGCCUGAUCAGAAGAAGAAAAAGAAGCCCAGUAAGCUCAAGAUCCAAUUAGGCCCAGCAGAGGAAAACGAGAACCAAAACCAAAACCAGAACCAGAACCAGAACCAGAACCAGAACCAGAACCAGAACCAACCAGGAGGAGUUAGAAAGUGUAUGCAUUGUGAAAUUACGAAAACACCCCAGUGGCGGGCAGGGCCAAUGGGGCCAAAGAGCCUGUGCAAUGCGUGUGGUGUUCGCUACAAGUCUGGACGGCUGUUUCCGGAGUACCGGCCAGCUGCGAGCCCGACUUUUGUUCCUUCCCUGCACUCAAACUCCCACAAGAAGGUGGUGGAGAUGAGAAGCAAGGAUGAGAAAAUGGGAGAAGCAGAGGUGAUUCCAAACAUUAAGGGUGGAGAGUAUUACAUUUGAAGGGGAUUAGUGAGUUUUAGCAUGAUUUGUUUUGUUGAUUGUAAAUGAGGAGGGUUGAAGAAGAGAUAGAUAUAUAAUAUAGGGGGUAGAAAUAGAAGAAUGAAGAUGUAGAGGGUGGUUGAGUGUAAAAUCAAAAUUAAAAAAAGAAAAGAAACGGGGGUAAAAGAGUCAUAU